GCGAUAUCGGCGACCCAUUGUGUAAAAAGGCACGUGGAGAGUCUGAUGCAGCCGUAAGAUGCACUGGUGAAAACCGUGAUUCAGUUCGUCGCAAACAAGUUGACGCGCAUGUUCAGGCGUUUCUUAAAGCGGUGCUGGAUCGUGCACGCGGGUCCAAGACAAGUGGUACUUCGAGUGCGCCGUUACCGAAACCGAAACAGUGUGAUGCUACAACGCAGACUGAGAAUCGUUGUGAUGUAACGGACCAGCUCCAGAACAUGAUGUCGACGGUACAAUCAUGCGAAGUGCACGAAUAUGCUAAUGGUUCGGCCGAACUGAAUGCUGCGGACCCUGAGAAAAAUACUAACGUUCCCAACCGCGCUAUGUAUAGCCAGGAAACAUUGAGGCUGGUGUCUCAAAAUGCGGAUCUAUACAACAGAGCUCACGUUGAACUGUAUUCGGAUAUACCUGAGUACGCUCAGUACUAUACUGGCUUAAACAUAAAGACUUCAGAUUCUGAACCUGUUGGGCACAUGUCAUCAGCCAAUGUCAGGCGCGCAAUCACUCAAUGGAUGGAGAGCUACGAACAGUGGUUCUACCAAAAUUUCGGAGUUGACGUUAAGUCCGCCCUAGCCCCUCCUCAAACAGUUUCUCAUAUCCUUUCAGUCCCUUCAGUCAGCACCGUUCAUUCUCAGCCGUUUGCAAGCCAAACGAUGCCCGUUCACUGCACUUCAGAAGUACAGACGGCAACGGUGGUAUCUGGUGCUCCAGUGAGCUAUCUGGUUUCAGAAGGUUCCCUGUAUACGCCUGAAAACCAACAAUUUUCCCCAUACGUUUCAUUGCUCCCCUCCUUUUAUACAUCCGCAGCAUUCAGUAAUUUAGCCACACAAGGUAUGCCGUGCAUUCCUACCAAUCAAGUUAGUCCGCUGUUCAUUUAUCCCAGUGAACUGGCCCAUCUUGCGGCCUAUCAGUUCCCCAACAUCCCGUCGCCACAUACACAUGUUUCUGCCGUAACCACUUCCUUUCCCGAGCAUGCUGCUCAAAUUUCCUUUCAUCCACAACGCGGGGAUCAAUUGGGGAACUUUCCGGAGAUGUCUGCACAUGGAGGUGAACCUGCCUGCAACGGUGUUGUACCAGAUUAUUCUGUGGAAGUACAAACCUCGGCAAUGCUGGCGGCUUUGUCGCUCCCGGUUUCGAGCGGUCGACAGCCAACAAUGGGUCAGUGGGGUCCUUUACUGCGCUACGGAACCUAUGGCCGACUUCCAUCCAUUUCGGAGAUCCGGUUCUUAAAGGAGCAGACACCCGCGUUUAGUGGAACUUGUGCUACUUCCUCAUCAGGAGACUCAUUGAGUAGUUCACCAUUGUCACCGUCUCGUUCCAAGAAGAUGCCUCCACCGCCGCCUACGUUCAUACUUCUGCGAAGACAGGCUAUGAUCUGCGCUCUACAGUUAUCCUGUCGUGACCGGGCACGGGAGCUUUUUUACCGUGAGAAGGAAAACACUAGCGGAUUAAAGUUGGACUUCGUUUCAGAGCUCGAACGACUCUCCGAGAAAAGUAUCAACAUAAAGCCGGUGUAUCUGUUCACACGAAUGCGUAUGCUUCCGUCAUCUGAACGAACUUAUUACGUAUCCCAUAAUUUGUCUACUUCGGCAAACGCUCGUCACCAGAUCUCAAGAAUACGUGGAUUUCAGGGAGUGUAUACAAAGACAGAACCAUUCUAUGGUGUAGACGACAUGUACUUAUGUGACCUACUCAUUGGGGAUGUCCUUAUCGCAGAAGCUUGCUCCACAUUCAAAGUUCAAGCACAGCUUUCGGCCGCUAGACAGGCCUUCCGAGUUUUCUCCCAACCAUGUUUUUUGGUUGGUUCCAUUCGAAGAUGGGAUGAAAGUGACUAUUUGGUAUUGUGUCUCAGUCCCAAGGCUGAAAUGGUUCCACAACUGCCUCCGUUUCUCAGUGACCCCUUCGAAUCCCUGUCAAAGAAAGAUCGCACUAUCCAAUCUGAGGAAAAUUUCGAGGUUAUCAAUCCUAAACCUGCUGAAGAACUUUGGAUUUUUAUGGCCAAUUACCCUCUCAGUGCUCUUGAUGAACAGAUGCAUUGGGAUCGCAUUCUCGCUCAAUCAGCUGAAUUCAGCCAAAUGACAAUCAGCUUCGAAGUUGAGGUGAAUACAGAAAAAGGAACAUUCGUCUGUUCGGCACUACUUGAUAAUCAACGAUUUCCUCCAGUUUCCUCUUCGUCAGUCGACAAAGCUCAACUCGAAGCUACCCGCGAACUUCUCACGAGCCUCCGAAAAACGCAACCUGUUGUCGGCUUGCAGGCUGAUUGUAUAAAGGACAGUGGAUCUCUAAUGGGAGUUCCCGAUGGUGUCCUUGUCGAUACGCUGAUGUGGGGCAAGGAGGAACUCGAGCUCGCAAUAGCAAUUGAACAACUUGAAGCACAUUGCGACGUCCCGAUUCCUUCAGAUGCUGAAGUUGGCCCAGGAUCGAAAAAUGUCUCAUCUACACCCAUCACCAAUCCAAAGGAUCGAUUUCGGUCAGCACGUCGCCUGGAUGCUUUCUUGCAAGCCUAUGCAGCAUCCUCCUUAGUCACACCGUUACGUUUGUCACGUUCCGUCGUCCCGCCAAACUUAUGGGCAGAGGUGCGUACAAUGUCUUCCAACUGGGGCUUAUUGUGCCAGGUGGAUUUUCCACCGAAUACUCGCGAAGCUGCUGCUCUGUUUGUGUGCAAAAGGGCACCAUUACCCCGCCUUAAGCGCACGCUUUACGACCAGGAGAAUUAUGGUUGCCUCCGGCUGUUAGAUAAGGGCAAUUUGUCGUCAGCUGCUUUGAGGCGCUUGCUUCUUUCUGAUCCAUUGGUGAGCGUCAAUGGUAACGGUACUUCGUCACCAACGUCUUCACCUGAAGCACAGACGGUCUCGCCCGUACAUGCCUUUCCCCCCCGCAAUACUUCGUUGUUCCAAGAGGAUGAUCCAUAUGGCGACGAGCCCGUUACACGCUUGGCCCGACAUUUUAUAGCGACGGCCCCUCUAUCCAACGUAAAGAUGGAACCCGAAACGCAUGAUAGUCAGGUGCGACCUAUUGAUGAUUGUAUUUUAGUGGGUGCGGAACUCAAUCAACCUUCAACGGCUAUCGAAAUUUUGGAUGAUCUUCCUCGAACGCUGAUACCGGGGAUAGAUUUCUAACGCACUGUUCUCAGUCCCAUUCUUGCACCAUAUACAAUAGCGCCUUCAGUCUUUAUAGCAUUUCACCCUAUUAGUACUUGGUGUACAUCUGAAAUCGUGCCUCCCUCCGGUAUUACAUCACCUGUAUAUGAUGUAUGUACAAAGCCCUGACAUGAGAAAAAUCUUUCAUACAAUCGUUCUUUUCAGUUUUGAUUGCAUCCGUGGAUUUUAUAUUUUUGCCUUGGGUUUUUAUUCAAUGCAAUGCUCUUUUCUCUUUUUCAUAUCUUUCCCUGAACCAUCCACCUGUC